UUCACGAAGCUGGAAUGUCGCACAUCCAACCGGUUCUAAUAUUUUUACUCUAAGUUGCGUAAUUUCUCGUCUUUCCACUAAAAUGCGACUUAUUUGAGUUGGGAAAAAAAUGUCGAUCACUGUAUAAAAUGUCAUAAAGUAUUUUUGGACAAGUGCAGCCGCUAAAGUGUACCGUCACCGAACUGGUAACCAAGGUUACUCGUAGCUAGCGCCCCCAUUAGCAUUGACUUUGACAGUUGAGAACUGCCCAGAGGGUCGACAUGAGUCCACCAUUGAGCAAGUUAAAAAGUAUCAUAUCGACCUACGAUAGUAAUUUCUUCUCUAGGGUGAGCAUAACUAGCCUUUAUGCAGUAUAAGGUGUCCUCUUUCCUGUAACAACGAUGUCCUUACUUUGCCGUAGCGUUUUAAGAAACUGUCUCGCUUAUCGCUACAUACAUCCAAAGUUCCGACUUUAUAAACAAGGAAAUGAGACGUGUUUAGUCCCUCACAGCAACUUUCAAACAGCUGCUCAACUGAGAGCCGCUGUAUCAAGACCACCUUUAUUAUUUUGUGGCAAUGGCGGCACAGAGUGUUUUCUUUAUUGCGUCAAACCCACAGUACCUGUGUCCUGCUCACCUGCUCUAAAACAAUGUGUUCACCACUUCCACACUUCUGGCUCCAUGAGGGCCCUGCCCGUUCCCUUCAUAUGGAUGGUUCUUAAACCUCUGCAGAAGCUUGCGGCCAUAUUAUUGGGCAGAAGUAUAAGGAAGUGGUGGGUGGCUCUACCAGACAACCGCAGGCAGCUCAUGCGUGAAUGGGUCCUGAGGAGACGAUGGCAUCUGGUGGCAGGGGCAGGAGUUGCUAUGGUGAUACUGGCCCUUCUCCUCCUUACACACCUGGAUGAGUCCCCAGUGACAGGACGAAUCCGCCUCCUGGUGUUCAGCAGAGAAAAGUACAUGGAGUUGGCUACUCUGAUAUCAGAGGCGCACAUGGAGGAGUUUGGAGAGCACCUGCUUCCAGUCACUGACCCUCGUCACCAGAUGGUGGAGCAGUUGGUGCAGCUUUUGGCACAAAGGAACAAGGACAUUUCUGAAGUCUCUGAAAUCCCCUGGAGUGUUCAUGUGGUGGACACUCCAAACAUCAAUGCAUUUGUCCUGCCAAACGGGAAAGUGUUCAUGUUUACGGGGAUGCUGAAUGCUGUGGCAGACAUUGACCAGCUCAUCAUUGUUUUGGGACAUGAAAUGGCACAUGCUAUACUUGAUCACUCUGCAGAACAGGCCAGCCUGUCUCAUGUUGUGGACCUUCUGUCUCUUAUUCUGGUGACAGCCAUCUGGGCCAUGUGUCCCGGAGACAGCCUGGCCGUGCUGGGACAAUGGGCAAAGGACAAGAUCACAGAGCUGAUAUUCAGCCGUCCCUACAGUCGGAAACUGGAAGCUGAGGCAGAUGAAGUCGGAUUGCAAUUAGCUGCAAAGGCAUGUGCAGAUGUGCGAGCAGGUCCUGUGUUCUGGCAGCAGCUGGAACUCGUAGACCGACUUACAGGAGAACCCACUUUACCCGAAUGGCUGUCCACACACCCAUCACACAGAAACAGAUCCAGUCAACUUGGCCGUCUUAUACCACAGGCUCUGGAGUUGAGAGAAAGUUGCGUCUGCCCUGCUCUGCCUCCAACUGACCCCCGUGUUGUCUUCUUAGAGACUGUCCAAAUUUUGUUGGAAAAAACAAAGGACCAAGUUGGGGGAGAGCCAGAGAGGGUACCGGAGCGACGACCCACCUCGGUCCCCGUAGGACUGCCUGCGGCAUCGGUUACCCAAACUGCACUCUCUUCUUCCUCCAAUGUAGAUCAGUUAAGCAAAGGCAGGGUCCCAAACAUGGCAGCUUCCACCCGUCUUGUUGCUGCAGGAGAGAGAUCUCAACAUUUACAGCAAAACACCAACUGCCAGGAGAGUUAAAACUUCACAAAGAAACUCUCCAGUAUUUUUCUCGCCUAUUAAAGUUCUGUUACGAUGGUACUUCAGUUGAAAGUAGAGCAGGGGUGCUCAUGUGAGAAUAGGAAUAGGUAGUUGGGAUCAUGAUAAAUUAAGAAAAAAAUGGGGUAAAAGUCAUCAAAAUCAAAUUAAGAAUGCUAUCCAUGUUUGGCGACUACAAAGAUACCGCAUUAAUUAUAUAACCUUGAGCAAGGAAAUGCUGAAUUAAUUAGUAAAUCUUCCAUACAUUAUGCGAUUAAUAUGUGCAUUAUUCAUCGACACACUGUAACAGGCAAGAGUAAGCACUUAUGUGUGCAUGUUAGAGGGUGUAUCCACAGAAGAAUGAGAACAUCUACAUUCUUUCUGUGACCACUGCAUUCUCAUGCAGUGCACACUUUAUGCACUUUAUGCAUUUUUUAGCCUGAGGCACUUAAUAGGGUAAAUUUAUGCCAGGUUGUUUGAAAACGUGGCCCUCUGCACAGGAAUGCCAAUAUCGAGCAUCAAGCUAUGAGAAAUAUUUUAUUUUAUUUUUUAAAAUCAUUUUUAACAAGGCACGUUGACUGAGAAAACAUUGAUAGUUACAGCAAAAGUCUGUGGGAGCAGUCACGCACUGAAGAGGUGAGGCCAGUUAUGGUUCAGAUCUAAUCUGGACUAAAAUGACACACUUGGAUAUACUGUGAAAUCAAAACGUUAAAACUUUGUUUUCAUUGGCGAUAAAUAGUUUUAUUUAUGUUUAGCUUUUUUAGGUGCUGAGCCAAAAUAUCAGCAAAGCCUCUUUAACCCACUGUGGGAGCUUUGCUUUACAUCAUACAGAUAAUUAAAGCGUUUUUCUAUAUCAAAUGAAGCGGUCUGUGAUCGGUUUUGUGCAACAUGAUGCCAUGAAACGCUUGGGGUGUGUUAGUUUUUGCUUUCAGCAGAAACAUGUCCUUUUCGCUGUUUUUCUGAAUUAAAAUGCUGGGG